GAGUCGCUUUGAUGGCGAUUCAUCUGCUCAGAGCGAACAUGUUUGACUCAUCAGACACUCUUCCCCUUCAGACGAAAGCAGUGAGAGGAGCGUGAGGAGACGGAAGAAGAUGUUUCGGUUCAUCCAGCCAAAAAGUCAAAGAGCUGCUUUAGGAAGACAUCUUUGUUUUUUAAGAGGAAUAUGUUUCUGAGCACUUUUGUCAAGCUCAACUUGCUAACCGGGCCGAUGUUGUUAUGAGCGGGCUUGAAGACGACUAUUUGGAGCAAGGAGAAACAGUGCCAACCAAGGAUGUCGGACGCCAUUUGAACAGUAGGAACUGUCAUCAAGGAAGAUGAAGCUGAGACACAUUUAAAUACAAAAUAAACUUUGACUGAAGAUGAAGUUUGGAAGCAGUCUGUGCACUCUCAACGUUGGCGGCCGCAGGUUUUCUUUCUCGGUGGAGCUGAUGAAGCACCUCCCGCUGAGCAGACUGAGCCGCCUUUACCGCUGUGUGUCGGAGAGCGAGUUGUUGGAGCUCUGCGACGACUACGACCGUGACAGAAACGAGUUUUUCUUCGACCGGCAUUCUGAGGCGUUCAGCUUCAUUAUGCUGUACCUGCAGCAUGGCAAGUUGCGCUUUGUGCCGCACAUGUGUGAGUUGUCCUUCUAUAACGAGAUGCUCUACUGGGGCCUUGAGAGUGCAGACCUCCAAGUGUGCUGCCAGCGGCGGCUGGACGAACGUCUGUCAGACUGCUUUGUUCACUUCUUCCCCGAAGAGGAGCCACAGGGCCCUGAAGAGCCUCGGGAUCGCUGGCUAGAGAGGAUGAGGAGGACGUUUGAGGAGCCCACGUCCUCCUUGGCGGCACAAAUCCUGGCCUUUGUGUCUGUGCUGUUUGUCCUCAUUUCUAUGGUGAUGCUGUGUGCAAGCACCUUACCAGAGUGGAAGGCUGCUGAGACACUGGAUGAACACAGGAUCAUCGAGGCGGUGUGCAUCGGUUGGUUCACCUCUGAGUGCAUUGUCCGUUUCAUCGUGUCCCGGGACAAAUGUGAGUUUGUGCGCCGGCCACUAAACAUCAUCGACCUGCUGGCCAUCACUCCUUAUUACGUCUCUGUGACUGUGACACACCUGACGGGCGAGAACUCUCAGCUGCAGCGGGCCGGCGUGACGCUGCGCGUGCUACGCAUCAUGAGGAUCUUCUGGGUGAUCAAGCUCGCCCGUCACUUCCUGGGCCUGCAAACCCUCGGCCUGACGCUGCGUCGUUGCUACCGCGAGAUGGUCAUGCUUCUCGUAUUCAUCUUUGUGGCCAUGGCCAUUUUUAGUGCUUUGGCCCAACUUCUGGAAGGAGGCAAUCAGGACUACACCAGUAUCCCCGCUGCCAGCUGGUGGGUCAUCAUCUCCAUGACGACAGUGGGCUAUGGCGACAUGUACCCGGUGACUGUGGCAGGUCGGGUGCUGGGCGGGUUGUGUGUGGUGAGUGGAAUCGUGCUUCUCGCGCUGCCAAUCACCUUCAUCUACCAUAGCUUUGUGCAGUGCUACCAUGAGCUGAAGGUGCGCUCAGCCAGGUGCGUCCGCACUUUGUCAACGGACUUCAUUGACUGAAGGACACGUUUCACGGGCACCGCCUCUGACUUGAAGUAUGAAUUCGGACUAGGGGCAGCUGGACAAGCGACAGGUAAAAAAAAAAUGGCUAUCAAAAUGGUUUUGGACUGAAGUCAGAUCUGUAAGGAUUUUUUUAAUAUUUAUUUACAAGCCCCGUUCCCAUAUGAGUUGGGAAAUUGUGUUAGAUGUAAAUAUAAACGGAAUACAAUGAUUUGCAAAUCAUUUUCAACCCAUAUUCAGUUGAAUAUGCUACAAAGACAACAUAUUUGAUGUUCAAACUGAUAAAUAAUCAUUAACUUUACAAUUUCAUGCCAGCAACACAUGACAAAGAAGUUGGGAAAGGUGGCGAUAAAUACUGAUAAAUGUGAGGAAUGCUCAUCAAACACUUAUUUGGAACAUCCCACAGGUGUGCAGGCUAAUUGGGAACAGGUGGGUGCCAUGAUUGGGUAUAAAAACAGCUUCCUGAAAAAUGCUCAGUCUUUCACAAGAAAGGAUGGGGCGAGGUACACCCCUUUGUCCACAACUGCGUGAGCAAAUAGUCAAACAGUUUAAGAACAACGUUUCUCAAAGUCCAAUUGCAAGAAAUUUAGGGAUUUCAACAUAAAUAUAAAUAAAUAAAUAAAUUGUACUUGUAUAGCGCUUUUCUACCUUCAAGGUACUCAAAGUGCUUUGACACUACUUCCACAUUUACCCAUUCACACACACAUUCACACACUGAUGGAGGGAGCUGCCAUGCAAGGCGCCAACCAACACCCAUCAGGAGCAAGGGUGAAGUGUCUUGCUCAGGACACAACGGACGUGACGAGGUUGGUACUAGGUGGGAUUUGAACCAGGGGCCCUCGGGUUGCGCACGACCACUCUUCCACUGCGCCACGCAGUGAGGGUUCCAGGUUCCAUCCCCGCUUUCGCCAUCCUAGUCACUGCCACUGUGUCCCCGGGCAAAGACACCCCACCCACCUGCUCCCCGUGCCACCCACACUGGUCCAAAUGGGACCUAAAUAUUACGUUUCACUAUGUAAAAGUGCUUUGAGUCACUAGAGAAAAGCGCUGUAUAAAUAUAAUUCACUUCACUGUUGCCAUUUCUAAUAAGUAGUGAACAGUUCUAACUUAUAUCUGUCAGUAGACUCGCUAUGGAAGCGCUAAAAACUACCGCUACAACAAAGAUGACGGUAGAUUACGUUGUUGAAGUGGAGGCACAUAAGUAGGACUGCCCACAAAAAGAGACAGUCACAAGGCGGCUCCAAAACACUCCGUAAAACAUCAUCUGAGCAAACUUUUGAGCGAUGAACCACCAUUACAUGUUCUGUACGCGUUUGAAAUGUAGAAAAAUAAAUAUGAGCCUUUUAACGCACUUUACAAUCCAAGUGGUCCAAAAAUACUGUAAACUUGAUGGCUUCCUGAGAUGAUGGACGCUUACAUCUACGUGUCAUGUCUUUUUGAUCAUGUCUUGUUUGGCUAUGUUCUGUUGACCUUUGGACUCUUUAGGUUCCUGUUUUUUUCACUCCCUGUUUUGUCACCAUGACUACCAAUCAGUUCACCUGUCCUCACAACUCACGCACCUGUUUUCAAUCACCACAUCAGUAUUUAAGCUUGUCAUUUCCGGUCAGUCCUUCUGGCGUCAUUGUGUUCUUUUCUUGCUCUGUGCUGACUUGUUUCAUACCUUCCCAUAGUUUCAUGCUUCGUGCCAUGCCAAGUAAGUUUUUAUUUAUUCAUGCCAUAGGUAGUGAUUUUUGUUUCUUGUCCAUAGAUAGGUUUAAGUUGAGUUUUCGCCUUGUACGCCUUUUUGUUUGUUCCUCAUUUUUGGUGAAGAUUAAAUCAUGUUUAUACCUGCAUGCCAUGUCAUGAGUAGUCCGUCUGCUUUCCUGGGAGAAUGACCCCGCAGAAAGUGGCGACCCCACCCCUAUGGUCCAUAAUAUCAUUAAAAGAUUCAGAGAAUCUGGAAAAAUCACUCCACGUAAGCGGCAUGGCCGGAAACCAACAUUGAAUGACCGUGACCUUCGAUCCCUCAGACGGCACUGUAUCAAAAACCGACAUCAAUCUCUAAAGGAUAUCACCACAUGGGCUCCGGAACACUUCAAAAAACCACUGUCACUAAAUACAGUUUGUCGCUACAUCUGUAAGUGCAAGUUAAAGCUCUACUAUGCAAAGCAGAAGACAUUUAUCAACAACAUCCAGAAACUCUGCUGGCUUCUCUGGGCCCGAGAUCUUCUAAGAUGGACUGAUGCAAAGUGGAAAAGUGUUCUGUGGUUUGACGAGUCCACAUUUCAAAUUGUUUUUGGAAAUAUUCGACAUUGUGUCAUCCGGACCAAAGGGGAAGCGAACCAUCCGGACUGUUAUCGACGCAAAGUUCAAAAGCCAGCAUCUGUGAUAGUAUGGGGGUACACUAGUGCCCAAGGCAUGGGUAACUUACACCUCUGUGAAGGCACCAUUAAUGUUGAAAGGUACAUACAUGUUUUGGAACAAAAUAUGCUGCCAUCUGAGCGCCGUCUUUUUCAUGGACGCCCCUGCUUUUUUUGAGAAGACAAUGCCAAGCCACAUUCAGCACGUGUUGCAACAGCGUGGCCUCGUAAAAAAAGAGUGCGGGUAAUUUCCUGGCCCGCCUGCAGUCCAGACCUGUCCCCCAUCAAAAAUGUGUGGCGCAUUAUGAAGCGUAAAAUACGACAGCGGAGACCUCGGACCGUUGAACGACUGAAGCUCUACAUAAAACAAGAAUGGGAAAGAAUUCCACUUUCAAAGCUUCAAUAAUUAUUUUCCUCAGUUCCCAAACGUUUGAGUGUUGUUAAAAGUAAAGGUGAUGUAACACAGUGGUGAACAUGCCCUUUCCCAACUACAUUGGCACGUGUUGCAGCCAUGAAAUUCUAAGUUAAUUAUUAUUUGCAAAUGAAAAAUUAAGUUAAUGAGUUUGAACAUCAAAUAUCUUGUCUUAGUAGUGCAUUGAAUUGAAUAUGGGUUGAAAAGGAUUUGCAAAUCAUUGUAUUCCGUUUAUAUUUACAUCUAACACAAUUUCCCAACUUAUAUGGAAACGGGGUUUGUAGUUAAGAAGUCUUCAACAGAGGGACUGUGACCCCCAAGGGGUCCGCAGAGGUAAUGCAAGGAGCUUGUGAAAUUUUUGGUGGGUUAGUCAUUUUUUCAAUAGUUUUUUUUUAUUAUAAUCCCUCCGCAAUUUUUACACAAAAUGAAAUGUUUUCAAAUACACAUGAAAUAUACAUUUGUAUAGUAGUUUAGAAACAGCAUGAAUAAAUACAGUGGAACCUUGAUUUACAAAUGUCUCCAUGUUUACACACCUUGUCUCGACGUACGAACGCUUCAUUUUUGUCAUUGUACUCCGACAAUAUUUUCGGCAUAUUAGAUGGAAUUUUUACCGGACAUGUUUUAAUACUUGUUGGUUACAACCAAACAUUCAUUAAGUUGGGUUCUUUUGGGAAUUUAUUUUGGGUCUACUGAAAAUGUGACCAAAUAUGCUGGGUCAAAAGUAUACAUACAGCAAUGUUAAUAAUUGGUUACAUGUCCCUUGGAAAGUUUCACUGCAAUAAGGCACUUGGGUAGCCAUCCACAAGCUUCUGGUAAGCUUCUGGUUGAAUUUUGACCACUCUUGACAAAAUUGGUGCAGUUAGGCUAAAUUUGUUGGUUUUCUGACAUGGACUUGUUUCUUCAGCAUUGUCCACACGUUUAUGUCAGGACUUUGGGAAGGCCAAUCCAAAAUCCAAAUUCUAGCCUAAUUUAGCCUUUCCUUUACCACUUCUGACGUGUGGUUGGGGUCAUUGUCCUGUUGGAACACCCAACUGGGCCCAAGACCCAACUUCUGGGCUGAUAAUUUUAGGUUGCCCUGAAGUAUUUGGAGGUAGUCGUCCUUAUUCAGAAUCAGAAUCAGAAUCAGAAUCAGAAAUACUUUUUUAAUCCCUAAGGAGAAAUUGAAAUUUUCAGCGCAAUCCUAUUCAAGAUCAGACAAACAUUACAGGGAGACAGAACAGGCGCCCCUUACAAAAAUGGUGAGAUACAGGUAAACAACGGGGGGGUGGGAGGAAAAAAAAUUGGUCUAAGCCUGGGCUCCUGGAGAGGGGGUAUGGACUGAGGCCAAGGAAAAAAACAACUCAUAGCCAUAGCACAGAUCCCUCUAACAUGUUUUUAAGAGGGAAAUAUAUUCAUCGUCCCAUUAACUCUCUGUGAAGCACCAGUUCCAUUUGCAGCAAAACAGGCCCAGAGCAUGAUACUACCACCAACAUGCUUGAUGGUAGGCAUGGUGUUCCUGAGAUUAAAGGCCUCAUCUUUUCUCCUCCACACAUAUUGCUGGGUAUUGUGGCCAAACAGCUCAAUUUUUGUUUUA